AUGGGCGACCACAACACGGCCGGCGAGGUAGCCCUCGUGCGCGCCGUGAGAGCUCUCGACCAAGACGAUUUUGAUUCCCUCCCCGACCGGCUCGAGCGCAUAUGGGACACGCUGUCAGGCUACUCCGGCGGCAACUUCCACGCCGCCGAGGAGAUGCUAGUGCGCUGGCUGUUAAAGAACAUGACGGGAACAACAGAGAACGCUGAGCGUGUGCGUCGCUUCCCCCGCACGUGGGAUAUCCUCGGCGCCGUCUUCUCUCUGAUCCCGCUCUUCUCCCUGGCCAAGUCGCUGGCCGACCGUCGCUUUGUCCCGAUCCUACAGCAGACCCUCAAGGACAUUGCGAGUCCUCAAGAUGGGACACAACCUGCAAAGGAGGCCAAUUCGGACACGGAUAUGGCGGAUGAACCUGCCCCUCAGAGCCCGGCGAACCCGCGGAAGAGGAAACGUCCUUCGUCUGGCUUCGAUCUGGCUACCCGGCGGCAGCCCGGUGCCUGUCUGGAGACUGCUGAGGCCGUGUUUGACGCCGUCACAACUCUCCUAGCUCGCUGCGAGAUGCUGUCGGUCGAUAAACCAACUAUGCAGCGCAUGGGAGCCGAACACGUCAAGUCGUUAUUCUCAUCAGCUGCUUCCGAGGCCAUGGACAUCCUGGCUCCCUGGCUAACGGUCUGCGGUCUUGCUCUGGACAGGCCAUCGGUGUCUGGGGAGACGAUUGGCAACCAGUCUUCGUGGCUGUCAACCUUCUCAGCCCUAUGGGACCUCCAUAUCCAAAGCGCCGGUGAUGCCUCUGAAGUGGCUACCCAUCUGUCUGGUACCGCAUUGAAACUGCUUGGCAAGCUGAUGGGCAUUCCGCGGCAGACGGCUCUCAGUGUUGACACCGUAGUGCGCGACCGUUGGACUCGGGACCUGCGUCGCUUUUUGAUGCGUAACCUCAUUCUUCCUGCUCGGGCAGCCUUCUUGACCCGAGACAGCAGGGAGGUGAUUGAGGUUACUGUUGCCAUGGCUAGCGCUUCUGCCCAAAUCAGCUUCCCAGUUCUGUUUGAUCUGGCUAGCCGGAUCCCAGUUGAGUUUGGUGGCAAGACCUCCAAGAAAGAUUACGAGACCUGGAUCCAAGCCGUUUUUGAUGCCAUCUUGCAUGCCUGUAAGAACGUCAAUCGCCAGAACGCGCAGUCGGCGGUUCGGACGAUCAUGGAUAUGGCCGCUGAAAAGAACAUCGCUUUGUCAGCUGCCAGUUUGCGGACGUUGUGUCAGGAUUAUGCUCUUCGUUCUGGUGCUGAGACACAUGAUUGGAGCUUGUUGUUAUCACUCAUCAAGCUCAAUCCAGAUGUAUUUCUGGUGUCAGAAGAAGGAAAGCAACUGCUUGACAAGGUCCUGGAGAAGACGCGCGAUGCAGACUCGUUCAGCCCCGAAGAAUUCGAGCGAGCCGCACGCUUCAUCGUCCUCCUUGCCGAUGGCUACGCCCAAGCCCGCGAGCUAUCAACCUUCGUCCAUCUUUGGCUCAAGCACCUUGCGCCAGCCAAGGCCAAGCGUCCUCUCCAACCCCUAUGGGCACAACGAGAGCUGGCUGACACCGUCGCGCGGUUGAUCCAGUCGUCUCUCAAUACCAACCAGCUCGUCGAUCUCCUGGACUGGCUCGCAUCCCAAGCCCAGCCCGCCGAAGCUCUUGCCCGGAUCCAUGUCAUCGAGGCCAUCUCCAACGGCGUCUCGCUAGAGGAGUACGUCGACAUAGCAAACAUGAAAGCCUUUGACGUCGCCUUCGCAGAGAAAUACUCCAAGAAGGAGUCGGCACCAAUCGCUGCUUGCCGGUGGACUGUCGCUGCCAAGACGAUUGCCCGCGGAACACUUGAUGAGGCCAACCGGGUCUGGGGCCAGAUCCGGUCGGAUGUGAAGAACGUACUCAAGAAGGGGGCUGUGGAGAGGCAGGAUACGUUUGCUGCGUUUCGGUGUUGUGUCGCGGCGUGGUUGGCGAACCAUCCUGGUGGGGAGAAUGAGGAGGAUGCAGCUAAGCUGGUGUGUGGAUUUGUUGAGAGGCUAGAGAAGGAGGAGAAGGAGGAGAAGGAGAAAGAGGAGGAGGAAGAGGGGAUGAAGGUUGAUUCGGUUGAGGGGAAGCGUGAUAGCAUCCCAGCUAGUAUAUUGGCUUUGGUGACGGCUCAUGGGAGAGAAGAUGGUAAUACUGGUCCAGCAACCUGCGUUGCUCGCUUGCUUCUUGAUCGGGAGAGCAAUGUCAACAACCAGAAGCUUAUGGACUCGUUGCUCGAGACCAUGAUUUCACUGGUCGACACUUCUAAGAGUGGCAAGACAGGCAAUGCGACGAAGAUCGCCAUCCAAUUCUUGCUGGACACGCCCAUCGAGACACUGAGCCGUCCGCAGCGUGAAGCCAUCAUGAAGGCCCUGGUCGCUCAUCUCCCUGAAGAGUCGGACAAGGUUAAGACCAUUGGUCCCGAGUAUUGGAGGCCUGUUCUCAGCCUCAUGGUCAAACUGAUGAGCAGGCCAACGUUCUAUGAGGGAAUGAACUUUUCGCACUUGAAUGCCAUAGGACGGUGUCUUCUCGAGGAAUACAAGCGUUCAAAUCGCCUCUCCCGAGAAGGACUUACCGAUGAUGCCUCGAGGAACGAGGAUCUGUUCCAGUUAUUCUACCAAUUGGCGGUGCUAACCAUCAGGCAGAUGGCUAACGCCAACAUCGAGGAGCGCGAGAAGGUCUACCUUCGGGGUGCCUCCUCUCUGUUGCAAAGUCCAUGCCAGGGCUCUGAGGUCAUUGCGCGUCUGAUCCUUCUACAGGCCUUCCUCACAGGAGUUCAGGAACCUGCAGUGAAGAAGCUGGAGGAAGAGGACGUUAGUCUCGCUCAGAUCAGGAAGACCCUCGUCCAGACCGCAUCUCCGGUCAUUAUGACCAAGAAGAAGCACACCAAGGAGCUGCUCACUCUCCUCACGGCACUGACGGCUGUGAGUACCCUGGACCGCGAAGCCGUGAGGGAAGCAUUUUCUGGUGCUGUGCCUUCGCUGUUGGAAACUAGUGACAAUCUGCUGGGUAAUGGCAUGCAGGCCGGCUGGGAGGUCCGCAUGUUCCUGGCGAACUACUUCCCUGAGGCGUUGGUGUCCCCAUUGAAGGCUACUAAGGCGGCUGCCCCUGAAAAAUUGGAGGGUGGAGAUGGGGAGAAAGCAGAAGCCAGCCUAGCCGGUCCGACACUCGGGAAGCUUUCGCUCCUCCGGUAUGUUGACGCUGUGGUUCGCGGUGCUGAUGAAACUCAGAAGCUGGAGUAUCUGAGAGAACUGCUGCUGGAAGAAGAAGGCCAGGGUGCACUUGGCCGGCUGCUGGUCAUCUACCGGUUGAUCCAGCAUCUCAAGGGUACCGGCCCCUCCCAAGACCAAUCUUGCUUCGACCUCUCCCAAGCGCACACUCUCCUUUGCAAACGCCUCCUGCCCUCCCUCCCCCGCCCCUCCCACUUAGCCCUCCUCUUCAAAUCCAUCCAUCUCAUCCUCGACCAGAACCCGACCUGCAUGACCCAAUGGAACAUCGACCACACCCUCAGCACUGUCGCCUGCACAGCCGUUCACGCCAACGCCACACACACAGCUUACCCACACCUCUGUCGGCUCGUCGAGAUGGUGCUAAAGCGCCAUCGGAAGCGGCUUGAUGGGCAUUUUCAUAACCUGUUGGCUGCCUUGGGCGGGUUGUUGAAGUUGUUGCUUACUAAGCCGCCGCCGGCCGAGGAGGAGAACAUUGCUGGGACAGAUGGGGCCAAGGAUCUGUGGGAGAAGCAUGCCCGGCUGUUUGCGCGAUUGCUGACGCUUGUGUGUGAGCCGACCGUUGCGUCGGUGACGAGGUCUUCUGGUCCGGGGACUGUUAUUGCUACUACUACGCAUACACAUGAGGGCGAUGAUGGUGAAGAGGGGAACAACAACGCGAGUGGGGCAAACGCUGUCAUGUUGGGUCCGCUCGACUCGGAGAAGGAUCGGGCUCGUCGCUAUGCGGGGCAGUACAUGUACACGGUGGUGAUGCAGUAUAUCCGGCUGCAGCUGGAUACGUCGGCCAAGAGGAGGGUUAUCACGCAUCGUGUGCGUGAGGCACUAGAGAGCGGGAUGUACUCGGUGCUAGAUGUCACGACACAGGAUGGGCUAAGGAUAUUGAAUGAUGGGUUGGAUGGGAGUGGGAGGGUGGUGUUUAAGGAGUUGUAUAAGAGGUAUCAGCGGUUUGGGAAGUGGAGUGGUGUGUGA